AUAGAUAUUUGUUGCUGCUGCUUGUUGGCAACCACUUCGUCCAAAUACUGAGAACGCGCUGAAUUCGGUUUGCCAGACCCGUUCUAUGAAAUCGCAUUUGUGUGUGUGGAUUAAACGAAAGGAUUAUAUUACAAGAUUACACGAGGAGGCUGUAUAUUCUUCUUUAGAGAUCACAUAUUUUAGUGGGAUAUAGGAAUGGUCCAAGUCUGAGAGGCCCUGCAGAUGACUGACAUGAACCUUCUCAAUGCCUGAGUGACCUCACAGAGGGAGUGAUUUCUCAGUUCAAAAUGAUGAUGCAUAAGCCAUCGGCCCGCACCUCCCCGGGCAGUGUGUGUUCUCUCCGUGGCGGGGCAGAUCAUGGAUCCCCAGCGGUCACUAUAGUGGCCAAAAUGGACAAUCAGGUGAUAGGUUAUAAGGAUCUAGCAGCUAUUCCGAAAGACAAGGCUAUUCUAGACAUCGAGAGACCCGACCUUAUGAUGUAUGAACCGCACUUCAGCUAUUCACCAAUGGAUCGCUCAGAGAAGUCAUUGUCUCCUUCUAUCUCGCUCCCUCCAUCUCCAGAGAACAGUCUUAUAAAGGAUGCACGGGAUUGGUCAGAGCUCAAGUCAUCUGGCAGCUCAUCUCCAGCCUCCAUGCAGCUGAGUAAAAGCAUCACCGUCAGCACUAAAGUCCCAAAUCAGCAACAGCACUUCCACAGGCCAGGCAAUGGAACCAACAUAUACAAGAAGCCGCCUAUAUAUAAACAAGAUGUGUCAGCAGCAGUUCCACACAGUAAACACAUGGAGGAUUUAAUCAUUGAGUCAUCCAAGUUUCCUGCUGCGCAGCCUCCAGACCCAAACCAGCCCUCAAAGAUAGAGACAGACUACUGGCCCUGCCCACCAUCACUAGCUGUUAUAGAGAGCGAGCGGAGGAAGAUUAGGCCUACUGUAUCUAAAACAGCUGAGGGAGAGGAGGAAGAGGAGGAUGAUACGUAUGAUGACAGUGAUCUUUCAGAUGACAUGUGGAGACUCCGACACAUGCAGAAACAAGAACUCAACAAGAUUCAAUCUAAUCUAGGAAAACUGAUACUAAAGGAGGAGGUUGAGGGAUCAGCCCCUGUCCACAGGAAAACACGGUCACUACCCGACAGGACAGCCAUGCAUCUGAGCUCCAAAUCCCCCUCAUUUCCUUCCUACACUAAGUCUGGCCUUACAAGGCUCCAGUCUGCAGAGUUCUCCUCUUCGAACAGUAAUAAAGGGAGUCAAAAUUUUCAGGUAAGUAAUACUUUACAUUACAAUUACAUUACAAUUUAUGUUGUUACGAUGCUUUCUUGCAAAAGUUGUAAGUAUGAAUACAUAUAUAUUUUUAUACAGUUUUACAUAUGUGAGAUGUGUAAACAAGGCCUGCUGAUGAUCAUACACAUUAAUGGUGAUGCUCAGAGCAGAAGGAUAGACAGAGGGAAUUCACUCCCCAGUAUGCUGGAACAAAAGAUUUAUCCAUAUGAGAUGCUCAUUGUGACACACAAAGGAAGAAAUAAACUCCCACCUGGAGUAGACAGGACAAGACUGGAGAGGCACCUGGCACCCGAAGAUUUCCAGAAUGUCUUUGGAAUGUCCAUUGAGGAAUUUGAUCAUCUCUCCCUUUGGAAGCGGAACGACCUGAAAAAGAAAGUCUCCCUCUUCUAGUAGUUUUUACAAGCACCGUCACGUGCACUUUCGCUUGUGGAAAAGUACAGAUGACAAAGGAAAGAGUACGAAUGUGAUAUGAGGAAUGUUAUUUUGGAACCAGCAAAAAAUCAGUUAUCCUUAUCUUUUGAUAAGUCUCAUAUCUGAUUGCAGCUAUUUACUCGUUUAGUCCUCAAACAAUCGUAUCCAACUCUUUUUCUCUCUCUCUUUCUCUAUCCCCUUUUCACCCCAAUUUGGAAUGCCCAAUUCCCAAUGCUCUCUAAGUCCUUGUGGUGGUGCGGUUACUCACCUCAAUCCGGGUGGCAGAGGAUGAACCUCAGUUGCCUCCGCUUCUGAGACUGUCAAUCCGGGCAUCUUAUCACUUGGCUUGUUGAGUGCGUUACCGCGGAGACGUAGUGCGAGUGGAGGCCCACGCUAUUCUCCAUGGCAUCCAUGCACAACUCACGACGUGCCCCACCGAGAGCGAGAACCACACAUUAUAGCGACCACGAGGCGGGCACUCCAGGGGCAGUAGUCAGCGUCAAUACUCGCUGAGCUUCCUAGGUCCCCCAGUAUCCUACUAUCUUUUGUCUCUCUUUCUGGUUGCAGCUACAAUGUCAGGACUUCAAAGUCCUUAAAGUUAGCAUUAAAGUCCACUUCUGUGUGUGCUUUGUAAAGCUAGAAUACUAAACACAGAUAUAAAUGCCAUCAUUAGACAAGAAAGGUAAAUAUGAAUUGCGGCAGUUAUUUUUGCCGAUCAAAGUCCUGCAGAAAGAUGCAGAACUAGUUAACAAAAAAGUCCUGAUUAGCCAGCAAGAACAUGUUAGUUCAAUUCACUACAAAGUCACUGCCACACUUUUAAAUCAUUAUGUGCAAAGCCUGAACUAAUUAUAGUGAAUUGCCACAAGAAAAACCUUCAGAAUAUUCAUAAAAGCAGCUGGAUAUUUAAAUUAAAAAAGCAGCUAUUACUUAUAGUUAUAAAAAUAUCAACAAUUUAUAGUAAAAACUCAAUCGCAAGACACAUGGAACACCUUCAUUCCUUAAACCUUGAGCCAAAAAAUAUAAUUUCUGUCAUCAUUUACUCACCCUCAUUUUGUUGCUUUCUUGCGUGGAACAGAAAAGGAGAUAAUGACAACCCCAGUCACUAUUCACUUUCAUUGCAUCCUCUUUCUAUACACUUAAAGUGAAUGGUGACUGAGGCUAACAUUCUCUUUUUGUGUUCCAUGCAAGAGAGAAAGUUAUAUAUGUUUUCAACAACAUGAGAGUGAGUAAAUGAUGACAGAAUUAACAUUAUUGGGUGAACUAUUCCUUUAACACCUAUAGUACCAAUCCAAAUACCAGCGGCAUGACAUGGCAACAAUUCCCAUGGCAACAGCUGAUUCUGGGUGAGAGUUUGCUGUUCCAAAGAGAGCUACUGUACAUUAGUAAGAGUUUAAUCAGUAUUAGAUAUGAGACAUAUGAAACCUGCAUGGCAAAUGUAUCCUGCUUUUACUUCAAUGAUGAUUGAUUGUGAAUUGUGGGUGUGAUCAAUAUGUCUCCUCUUCUACCGAAUCUAUUGAUUGAAGAGUUGCACUCGUUCCCUCUAUCCUAUUGUUUUCACCCCCUUUUCCUAUUUUGCUGCUAUUGCCUUUUCAAGCACCUUUACCUUUUUGGUUUUAUCCUCUUUUCUUCUUGAUGGGUGGAUGUUUAUUAUAGUGUUCCUGUUUUAUAGGAUAAGGAUAGGUUUGGAUAUAAAGGGAUUUCAUAAGCUAGCACGUAAUGGCUGCUGCUUGCCUGGUGGUUUGAUUUUGCAGCUCUGGUUUUUGCCUUCUGUAGGUUUAUAGUUCAAACAUAUUCUCCUUGCCCCCUUUUAAGUUUUCCCUUUCACAGUUUCUGUAGUGUUGAACUCUGGGGGAAAUGUACCCACUAACAAUCAAUUUUAAGUAAUAGUUGAUAUUCCAAUCCCAUAUGACUUUCUUUUUUUUUUUUGUGAAACUCAAAAGGGGGCAUUUCGAAGAAUGUACUGGUGUCUCUUUUACAUGCAAUUACAAUGAAUGGGAACCGGAGCUUUCAAGCAUAAAAAACAACGCAAAGCAUCAGAAAAGUAUCAAAACGUGGUCCAUAUGACUUUUGCGCUAGAUUCCAAGUCUUCUGAAGUCAUACUUCUUGAGUUCUUGAGUUCAUGAGAGAAGUAGCGAUGUCUGAUGUUUUAACAAAUUAUUCUAACCGAUCAAUAAUCAUUUCAUUGCAAGUUUUGGGUGAACUAUUCCUUUAAUUUCCUUUUAUUGCUCCAGACUAAAAUGAAGUGCUUGAUCAGCCUGAUCUCACGAACAUUUUGUGACUGUGGCAACAUUUUUGCAAAACAAAAUUACGUACCUUGUUAAUAAAAUUUCGCUGCAGUUUCCCAGUGAAAUGUCCAUCGGAGAGCGCCAAAAGCGAGUCAAAUGGUGUCAUGAUACGGUGAAAUGUACCUCCCUAACAUAAAACUUUAAAGGGUAACUAAACCCUAAACCAAAUUUUUUAGUUAAUGAUCUGUAAGCAUGGGGCUUUAUUAGUAGUGGUCAUUGAUUCAAGUAAUUUUUUUGACAUUUGUGUAUAAAGUGUUUUAAUUCUACAAUAUAUGGUGUAAAAACGUCUGAGUGCUGCCCUCUUCAGGUUGAACGGUGCCUACUGCAGUUGAAUUUUCCUAUUGGCUGUUUGCAGUGGUUCGUGACGUAAGCGGAGACAGCUGACGUAAGCAGGUUCCAGCUCACCACGGCAGAUUCAUGUACAUGUCGUCUUGCGACCGUGUGAGGAAUAAUAAUAACAUAGAGUCUGACAGCAGCUGUCAAUUAAUCCGUCACUACGAGUCUCAGGUGCCCCCCCCCCGCUCAGCCCCGCACUCGGUUCGUUCCCUCUAUCCACGCCGGGGUCUGCCCACUUUUCCAGCAUUUUCAGAUAUUUCUAGUGGGUGGAGUCAGACUCUGAGCAGGUGUUUAGUUACCCUUUAACCUAAACCUAACCAAUAGUGUACUAAAAGCAAACGAGAGUUAAACAAAACAGACUUGUUCCUUACCCUAAACCAACUCUUAAAACUAAACAAUAGUGUAAAAAAAAAACGAAUAAAAAGCUAAUUUUCUCAAGCAACAAUAUAAUCUUGUGUCGCUUCAGUGACAUUCAUGGAGGGCUGGACUGGUAAUCCCGGUGGGCCGAUGCACUUUGUGGCCGAUCAGGGGCGGACUGGCCAUCGGGAGAACCAAGCGGGCCGGUGGGUCGGCCGCGAAACGGGCCGUGAUAAGCUAAAAUAAGCUGCUGCGUUAUGCAGAACGGACCACAAAACGGCACUGAGAUAUGCAGAAAAGGAGACCAGUUGCUAUGUCAAAUCCCAGGCUGAUUUGUCUUCCCAGUCCAGCUCUGCAUUCACGUGUCAUGUGCCAGCUUGCGUGUUUGCCUGGGCUUGAACCGCUGACACUUGAGUCCAAUGUCCAACAUUAUGUUGUGAGCUACUGCGGAAGCUAAUCAUGUUGGAAUACGUGUGGAAAUGUAGAGACUGUAAUACAAUCAUUUUUCAAAUGAUGCGUAAUAGUAAGUGUUUUGAUAUCGUAACAUAUCAGUGCGUGAGUAAUAGUGUGGAAAAAUGAGUGUUUAUAAAGUCAUAAUGUGCCUCUAGUGUUAAUUUCACCAGGAAACUGCGGCAAAACUUAAAACUUGGCACAUUGGUUUGCAAAGAUUUCGUUAUAUAAUAACAUUUAUGCUGUAAGAUUAGGUUGGCUUGGAUAGAGUACAUGCUCUACACCUAGAGUUUGCAUUUAUCGAAACAAAAGGAAUGAAGUAAGAACAAAAUAAUCACUAUAAACAACGUGCAUAUCAACUUGAGAAUGUAAAACUACAAAAAUAGACAUUCCACAUUCCGCUUUGUAGAAGCACUGCUCAUAUAGAAAUAUGCAGCUGCACUGACAAGAGAGAUGUCUGUUAACAAUACCAUAAUACUGAUGUAUUUGCUGUUUAAAUAGCUUGCUGCCAUCAAUAGGCUGUUACACAGAACACAGUAUGUUGAGACGUCGAGAACACAAUGUAUUACUGGUUCUUUAAUUCAAGCAUUCCUCGCACCUAUGCUGUUGAAAAUUAUUAACAUGUUGGAAAGGGCACAAACUAUUUAAUAUUCACCAAAAUACUCAAAAGCAUUUAUAUGAUUUAUUUUUAUAUUUUUUUCAAUGGAUGCUUAAAUUUGUGUUUUUGGUCCAACAUUUCAUUGUGGCUUCAGAAGUCAAAGUUGGAAUAGUUUUACAGAAAGGCACGCAUUACCCAGAUUAAAACACUUGAUUCACUGAUACAAACUCAAACAAUGGAUGUUAUCACAGUAAGAAAAUAUGCUCUUUUCAACCACAUAACAACACAUGUACAUGUCGCAUUACAAGACAAAUUGUUCAAAAUAUGAGCAAGUAUUCACACAACUGAUCUUUCUCUACUUCAUGAAGUAUCUAGUUCUUUUUUUACGUGAAAGUUUGAUGAAUGAAAAAAUAAACUGAAUCUACAAAAAUGAGUGUACAUUGUAAUGAUUUUGUUAUUAGUUGUGGUAUCAGUUUUGUUUUA